GAGUCAACCGUUUUAUAAUCUAUGGUCUAUUAAUUUUCCGCUUGCCAAAAUCGGCAUUUUAAAUAUAAAAAUAAAAUUAAUUGAUCCAAGAUACUUUUAAUUGCAUAGAAAAUAUAACUGAAAAAACUUUACAAUGUCGAAAGCACAUCCCCCAGAGUUAAAAAAGUUCAUGGAUAAAAAACUUUCAAUAAAGCUAAAUGCUGGCCGUGCUGUGACUGGUGUCCUUCGAGGAUUUGAUCCAUUCAUGAAUUUAGUUUUGGACGAAUCUGUUGAAGAAUGCAAAGAUGGACAACGCAACAAUAUUGGCAUGGUGGUUAUACGAGGGAAUAGCAUCAUCAUGUUGGAGUCACUAGAUAGAAUAUAGUAUUAUCUAGUUUCAAACGUAAAUUUAAGAAUUAAUUUAUAAGGUAAAAAAUAUUGUAAUGUGCGUUACACUGUCCACAUAAUACCAACACAAUAGAAGCUGAUUGAAUAUGGUUACAUGAAUAACCAAAGCCCUUUUUAUGACCAUUGUAAAUUUUAAAUUCUGAUGAAUACUGAUAGAAGUUAUUUGUAUCCUUUAUAUUUUUCAUACAAAACCAAAAAAAUGGAGCAUACACUUUGUGUAA